AUGGCAAUUCGAACCUCACUUUCGAUUGCGUUCCUCUGCAAUACAGCAUUUGCUUCAUUUUACGAAGGCUCUCUUUUUGCCCGCGCAAUUGAUUGUUCUCCAUCAUCAUCAACGGGGCUCAAGUCUGAAUGCUGGAAGCAGCUAAACGUAUCAGACUACAUCACAAAGUGGCUCGCUGAGAAUGGAACCAAAGCUGACUGCGACAACUUGGGCUUUGCUCAAUGUUUUCUUGCGUUCAAUGGCUACGGCGGCCGAACCUGCGAUACCCUUACUCGAGACACGUGUGAGGGGUUCGAGACUGUUGGAUCCGCAGCUACAUACUACUCGCCACAACAAUUCUACACGCUCUGGAAUAUCUACGCCAUAUACCAAUUUUUCAAUCAAUACUCGGAGGCUCUGUGGAAUGGGCAUUCGCUCGCUUCUGAUACAAUAGGGGAUAUUGUUGCCACUGUAUCACCCUCUACCGACCCAGAAGUCCCAAGCAACCUUUUGUGGACGGCGAUAUCAGGUGGCUUCUGGCUCGCUGCUGCUAGUGGUGUCAACCCAAUUCUAAGCGAAAUCGCCACAGGGCUGGCUGUUGUUACAGGAAUGAGUUCUUUUUUCAUGACUUCAGUAAAAGGCUCUUCCAAUGCACGAUUCGUCACCCUAGGCCAAAUUGGUAGCAGCCUCGCUGAGCUUGUUCUCAAUUAUCAAAACGGGCUGCAGGAUUCUUUGAAGGAGCUACAAGGCAACAGCACCUUGUUUUUGGCGGCGACGGAGCCUGGUGGCUUCAGUGAGCGCGCUGCGGCCAGCCUCAAUCUCGAAUCGACCUCGCUGUACCACGACUUGCAGCUAUACACCCUCUCAUUGGCAUUGAAGGCAAACGGAAUUGUUUCUACUCGAUCUACGGGAGUGAAUGUACUCGAAUAUGCUCCGAAAACAAACGGCGCGAUAUCGUGUCCUGAACUCGGCCCUGCCGGUAACUGUUACCAAUUCUGGCUCGACCCGGAUACGGGUAACACAUACGCACUUCAUAACCCUAAGGACACUGAAAACACCUACGUCGAUGUUCUGAACAAGAUUCACGACAAAGGCUGGGCCAACUUAAGCGAAAUCUUCAAAGUGGAGGAUUGUACGGGAAAGGAUCCGAGUUUCGACGGCAAGACCAAGGUGACUUGCCUGGCUUCGCACGGCUAUUGUGAAUACGACUAUACUGAUCAAUCCACUGUCACCGAAGUGAGAACAGCCAACAAGCAGUUUACUAACUGCGAUAACGACAAGGAAUGGGGCUAUCUUUGUGACUGGAUGUAUGGCGGCCUUGUUCUUCCUGAGUCUUAUUUGGGACCACUCCUGACAUACACAGGGGAAGCUUGGUGCAGGAGGUCUUAG